CUCCCGCCGCCGCCGCUGCUGGCCCGGGCCCCGCGGCCGCCGGUGAGUGCCCGCCGCCGGCCUGCCGCACCUCGCCCAGUGAGCGCCAGGCACGCGGGCUGGGCCCAGUGGUGGAGCUGGACCCACGGGGACGCCCGGGGUGGCCUGGAGCGGCCCGUUACCCAAAACGCUUACAGGGUCCCUGUGGGCGUGAUAGAUAGGGAGCUUCCCGUCCCUGGAGGUGUGCAAGUGGAGCCUGCGCGGGGAUCGCUCAGGCUGGUGAGGAGGGGCUCCGCGCUAGACGCACGCCCCCUCCCAGCGUGGGGACCUGCCCCUCGGUGCCCCAGGUGCGGACUGGGAUGUGUGCUGCGGAAGGUAGCAGAGGGAGUAGUUACAGGGUUCUCUAUUCAUGGCAGGGACAAAGCGAAGCUGGUGUCAGCCUCCAGGUGUGUGGCCUCAGUGAACACACCUCCAGGUGUGCAGUCGGCUGGAGGAUUAAGGAAGAGCUGGGGAGGGCAGCAGCUGCGCUGUAGGAGGUGUCACAACCUCGGCAUCUACAAGUGGCAAGUUUGGGAGGCAUGGAACCAGUACAGCAUGAGCAUGAGAGCUACAGUGUGUGUGAGAAAAUGAGAAAAAACUGGGGGCCAAAGGUGGGCAGUUGAGACCCUCAGAGACCAAGAGGGUGGGAGAGCAAGGAAAGGGAGAAAAAUGUAUGAUCCGGAGAGAAGAGAGUCCAGUUGAGAAAGCAGCAGAAUGAGGAGAGGAGGGAUGGUCAUGGGGUGUGACAGCCUGUGUGUGCCCUGAAGGCUGCAUGCUCCACUUGAGCUGGUGGGGCUUUGAAGGACCAAUCACAGGGACGGCCAGGCAGGGGCUGGGGUCAGAGCCUGAGCAACUGCAGGCCUACAGGCCCCUGGGAACUCAGCCCCACUGGCAGCUAAGGCAUCCAGACAGCUCAGGAUGCCCACCGCAACCACCCAAUGAGGAGGGGGCCGAAGCCCUGGCAUGAAGCUCCCCCAAGCAGCCUGGUGCCUGCCCCUGCUGCCCAGGAGGUUCCCCAGCCUGCUGGAGGCUCCAGACUUCCCCGCUGCGGAGUACCAGACCCGCCCGAUGGGCUGAGUGCCCGCAACCGGCAAAAGCGGUUUGUGCUAUCAGGCGGGCGCUGGGAAAAGACGGACCUUACCUACAGGAUCCUUCGGUUCCCAUGGCAGCUGGUGCGGGAGCAGGUGCGGCAGACGGUGGCAGAGGCCCUACAGGUGUGGAGCGAGGUAACACCACUCACCUUCACUGAGGUGCAUGACGGCCAUGCUGACAUCAUGAUUGACUUCACCAGGUACUGGCAUGGGGACAACCUGCCAUUUGAUGGACCUGGGGGCAUCCUGGCCCAUGCCUUCUUCCCCAAGACCCACCGAGAAGGGGAUGUCCACUUCGACUAUGAUGAGACCUGGACUAUUGGGGACAACCAGGGUACAGACCUCCUGCAGGUGGCAGCCCAUGAAUUUGGCCAUGUGCUCGGGCUACAGCACACCACGGCUGCUAAGGCCCUUAUGUCCCCUUUCUACACCUUCCGCUACCCGCUAAGCCUCAGCCCAGAUGACCGAAGGGGCAUUCAGCACCUGUAUGGCCGGCCCCGGCCAGGGGCCACCUCUAGGCCUCCAGCCCUGGGCCCCCAGGCUGGAGUGGACACCAACGAGAUUGCACCGCUGGAGCCGGAAGCUCCACCAGAUGCCUGUGAGAUCUCCUUUGACGCGGUCUCCACCAUCCGUGGGGAGCUCUUCUUCUUCAAGGCGGGCUUUGUGUGGCGACUGCGUGGGGGCCGGCUGCAGCCUGGCUACCCUGCACUGGCCUCUCGCCACUGGCAGGGACUCCCCAGCCCCGUCGAUUCAGCCUUCGAGGAUGCCCAGGGCCACAUCUGGUUCUUCAAAGGUGCUCAGUACUGGGUGUAUGAUGGUGAGAAGCCAGUCCUGGGUCCCGCCUCCCUCUCUGAGCUGGGCCUGCCAGGGUCCCCGGUCCACGCAGCCUUGGUCUGGGGCCCUGAGAAGAACAAGAUCUACUUCUUCCGAGGCGGAGACUACUGGCGCUUCCACCCCAGCACCCGCCGUGUGGACAGCCCUGUGCCCCGCCGGGCCACUGAUUGGCGAGGGGUACCCACUGAGAUUGACGCUGCCUUCCAGGAUGCUGACGGUUAUGCCUACUUCCUGCGUGGCCGCCUCUACUGGAAGUUUGACCCAGUGAAGGUGAAGGCCCUGGAGGGCUUUCCCCGCCUCGUGGGCCCCGACUUCUUUGGCUGUACAGAGCCUGCCAACACUUUCCGAAAGGACCUCAGCAGGGCUUGAGGAGCCGGAGCCGUUGCUCUGUCUCUGCCGUGACGUUCCUGCAGGGUGCUGGCACAUGGGUCCCAGGGCCACAUGGCCUUCUGUCGUUCCCUGAGAAGUCAGUUCUGGGUAGGUGCUUGGAACUGGCUGCCUUCCGGUGGGUGAUCCUGGAGAUCUGUUCCCCAAGAUCCAGGCCAUAAGGUCUAAGAGUCAUCUGAGAAGAGGGGUGCUUCCUGCUGGAGACCCAGGGCCCUGGAGGCCCCAACAUACCUCAAUCCUGUCACGGGCCGGAUCCUCUCCAGCCCUCAUCCCAGCACUGAGACCCUCCAAAGCCAUGUAAAUGUGUGUACAGUGUGUACAAAGCCUUUUCUUUUUUUGUUUUGUUUACUGAGAACUGUCAUUAAACACAGUCAUUUUCUA